AUGAGCUCCUCGUCCCUCCCGGAUCACUACAAGGUUCUCGGUGUUGCCAAGGAUGCUCAGGAAAAGGACAUUCGCACUGCGUAUCGCAAGCUUGUCUUGAAGUGCCAUCCCGACAAGGUGCAGGACCCGACGCUCAAGGCACAGAAGCAGGAAGAGUUCCAAAAGGUCCAGCAGGCCUAUGAGCUGCUGACCGAUGAGGAGGAGCGCAAAAAGUACGACGACCAGGUCAGAUUGGCCGAAUUGAGAGAGCAGCUGCGCAAGACUGCCGUCUCGACCCCGCCGCGAUCAGCCUCCAGAUCGGCCUCCAAGACCAGAUUCAGCACUUUUGAAGUUCGAACUGCCGACCCGCAUCGCGCCUCAUCCUACAAGGCGUCCCCCGGCGUCCCCCCCUCAGCCUCAAAAUCAUACCCGCACUCGCGAUCCUAUGAAGACGAUCUGGGCUACAGCCAUCGUGUGUAUAGCUCUUCGCGCACAAGGAGAGGGGACACCACCUACCGAGAACGGGAGCGAGAACGGGAGCGCGAACGUGAGCGCGACAAGGAGAGCAAAGAGCGCGAGCGCAGAAAAAAGGCCGAAAAGGAGGAGGCUGCUCGCCGCGCUGAGAGGGAUGCCAAAGACGCUCGCCGAGAGAAGAAGACCAAGGAGAAGAAGGACGACAAGAAGAAACACGCAAAGUUGGCAACUGCCUACGAUGACUACAGCGACGAUACCAUUUCCCUCAUGCCCAAAUCCGACAAGAAGAAGUCGAGCAAAAAGUACGAUGACAAGCAGCGAGAUCGAGAUCGCGCCUCUCCCCGCGACGCCAUUCCAAUAGUGUCUCCUCCCCUUGUCCAGUCUUAUCCCGACUUCGCUACAAGCAAGUAUGAGACUCUGCGAGCCGCGCCACCCGCUCCGGAGCAAUCGUCUUCCUGGGAGGACACCCACGCCAAGUUGGCAGAUGCUCACUCUUACAUUCAGUUCACUCGCCAAAAGGAAAAGGAGACAAUCCCCAAUCCUGGUGCUCUGAAGAGGUCUGCGACUUACAGCCACCACAUGAGCCAGCCUCCCGCUGUCCCAACUCCCCCACCUGCCCCCAACCAAGCGUCCGUCUUCCCUGUCCCCGAGGAAGAUGAUGCUCGUCGUUCAUCGGCGGCGGCCGCCGCGCGACCCCGCCGCGGCUCGACGGAAAGCAACCAUGGCGCCAAGUACAACAGGAAGUCAUCGCGAGAACCUGUCGCUGACUCUGUCCCCAUGGGCUCCCCACGCCAUGCACAGCAUGCGACAAUGUCUGGCUCGCCACCUCAUUUGUCGAGGACAAAAACCAUGCCGGCUGAUCCAAGCAGCUAUGCGCGAGCUGUGCCCAUCACUCGCUCCAAAACUUACAAUUACGGUGAAGGAUUCGAAGGCCGCGGACGCAAUCGCUCGCGCUAUACCGCGCAGCAAAUCAAUGAAGAAGAUGAUUCGGAUGAAUAUCACCAGGCCAGGGAUCGCAGGAACCGUACCGGCAGGAGAGAACAAUCCAUGGAUCAAAGCUAUGCAGAAACCUCUCGAUACGCCGGAUACGAGAGUGGCCGGCAGCCAUCGUAUAGCCGUCGCGCCGCAGAGCCAGAGCAGGAUCGAUAUGCCUAUUACCCUGCUGGUCACAGCGACAGCCGACCUUCCAUGCCAACCCGUGAAAGCGGCUACUCAACCUCGGCCGGGUCUGGUCAAUUUUCAAAGCCCAAGAUCAACAAGAACUACUCGUACGAGGACGCGCAUUACACCACCUAUCAAAUCCCCAAGGGGCGCGAGGGAUACCCGGCGCACGCUUGACGGCGUCUGGCUUCCAUUAUUAUAUUCCAUUUCAUAUUCGUUUUACUGUGUCUCCCUAUCUAUGACCUGGCCUUGGCCUUGACUCAGCGAUAUUUCGUUGAAAAUAAAGAUCCUCUGCGGGAGCUUUGGUACUCCUUUGAGUCUCAUUAACAGAAGUGUUUGCAUAUUCUGUCUUUUUCUACAUCUCCCUUUCCUUGAGAUCUCGACACUUGUUUUGUUUUAUUUCUUUUCCAAUUCAGUCUUGGUUUUUACCUGCACGACGAGACGAGAUGACCUAUUUUACGAUUUAAACCACAAAUCGGACUGCACUGGUGUUGCGUCCACGAUACAGGAUGAUGGCUUUACCCCAACCUUUUUCUUAUUGUUUCUGAGCGUGUAUAUUGGACGGUGGCAAUUUUGAUCCCUCUCUCCUUCAAUCUCCCACGAUUUUGAGAUUUCUUAUUCGAGGAUACUGAAAGUGAAGCCCUCAUUGAUUGUAUCCGGGCUUGAGGAGUGGGGUUUGUUUGUUUUUUUGCAUGCGCACAUGAUACAGGGGCCCAGUCCUUUGAAAUGUGCCACCUGGCGUUUAUGUUUUUCUGGAGGAACUACAUCAGUUAUAACAAGCCCAAGGAUACCAUUCGCUCUUUUUCUUCUUCUUCUUUAGAACAUGGGCAUGAAUUUGUUGGACGACAAGAGAUUGAACAGAACCACGGCUGAAAGAUGGAAACUACCAAGCAUUUACUUGUUUAUUUAUUGGAUAGAAGCCGUGAUAUGACAGCGCGCGCCGGAACGCGAGACGACUUUGAUGAACCUUUUCUUUUUUCUUUGG